GACACGCCCCCAGUGUGAUAGGACACGCCCCCAGGGUCACAGGCCACUCCCACCGCGUCACAAGCCCCUCCCACCGCGUCAGACGUCCACGCCCCCAGCGUCAUCGGGAACGCCCCCCAGCGUCAUGAGACACGCCCACCUGCAGCAGGACACGCCCACCGCGUCACAGGACACGCCCACAACGUCACAGGCCCCGCCCACCGCGUCACAGGCCCCGCCCCGAUAUGACCCGUCCGCGGCGUCAAAAGCGCGCCGUCCCAGUUUCGCGGGACACGCCCCCAGCGCCAUGGGACACGCCCACACAGCAGCAGGACACGCCCCCAGUGUGAUAGGACACGCCCCCCGGGUCACAGGCCACUCCCCCCCCGCGUCACAAGCCCCCCCCACCGCGUCAGACGUCCACGCCCCCAGCGUCAUCGGGAACGGGAACGCCCCCCAGCGUCAUGAGACACGCCCACCUGCAGCAGGACACGCCCACCGCGUCACAGGACACGCCCACAACGUCACAGGCCCCGCCCACCGCGUCACAGGCCGCGCCCCGAUAUGACCCGUCCGCGGCGUCCGAAGUGCGCGGUGCCAGUUUGGCGGGACACGCCCCCCGCGUCAUGGGACACGCCCCACACGCAGCAGGACACG